AUGACCUUGUCAUUAUUUGUCGGAUUCGAUAAUAACAGACAAAAUAUUUUAUUAGCACAAGCUCUUUUGAUUGAUGAAAGCUUCAAAUCACAUUCAUGGAUGUUUCAACAAAUUAUUAAAGCUACUAAUGUUUACUCUUCUGUAAUAUUGACCAAUGCAGAUCCAGCUGUUGACUCUGCAAUUUGUCAAAUAUUAGUUUCAACAUAUCCUAUACAUUGCGCUUACCACAUUACACAAAACUUACACAAAAAUUUCAGAAAAAAAUUAGGAGAAACUUAUCAACGUUUUCUUAAUGAUUUUUAUCGUUGUCGAAAUAGUUUAUCCAAGGAUGCCUUUGAACAUUACUUCAAUAAUCUCAUACAAGAUUUUCCUAAUGCUAAAAGUUACUUGGAAUUCCUUUAUAAAUCAAAAGAUCAUUGGGCACAUUGCUUUAUUAAAUAUAAAUUUACAGGAGGCAUGAUCGCUACAUCCUGUGUUGAAUCAGUAUUAUUAAGAAAGCAAUAUCAAUUAAGGCUUGUAAUGUUAGAUAACAAUAAUUUAUAUUUUGAAUAUAGAUUUUGGCAUGCAGCAAUACCGAAUGCUCAGAAUCAAGACAAAGUAAACUUUUUGUUUACUGAAAUUGAUCAAUGUCUCCAACGAUAUCUUAAAUCUAACAUUUUGAAAAUGUUAUAUGAUCAAAUAAAUCAAUUGGUAUAUUAUACUGCCAAUAGAAUUUCUCAACAAGAUGUAACUAAUGAAGAGGCAAAUGAGUUAUUGGAUAUUCAAGAGGACUCUAUUGAUAAGCCGCAAGCUACACUUGACCAAAUAAUUGAAUUCACUGGAUUACAUAAUGUUAAAGAAAUUUGGGCGAUUACUGUUGGAAAUUCAUUAAAGAUUAAGCAUCAUAUUUUGAUGCUACAAAAUAAUUCAUAUCUGUGUUCCUGCCUUUCUAUUAUCCAAUGUGGCAUCGUGUGCAGGCAUUACUUUCAAUUAAUGUUAACAACACAAGAACCGUUUUUAAUGACAGACAAGUUUACUCAAGAUAUGAUAACCUUACCAAAUAAUUCUCCAAUUCCUUAUUUGUAUCUUUUCAGAGAAGAAAGAGCAGACUUUCGUAAAGAGAAUAUGAUGACUUUUGAGCAAAGAAUUGUUUAUGGAAAGCUUUACAGCAUGUAUAAGAAGGCUUUAAAUAAAGCAUUGGAGAACAAAAAGCGUAAGGGAAAGGGUCGUCCAUUAGGUACAAAAAGGCUCAAGUCUUCUUAUGAAGCUGUUAAACCUAAAGUGAAGCAACAAUGUUGA